AUGUCAGGCAAGAGAAUUCCGCCGUAUGCAAAGGAACAAAUUUUAAUGUUAAGCAAGAAGGGCAAAAACUAUUCGGAGAUAAGCAGAGAAUUAGAGUUGUAUGGAUGUCCGGUGAGCAGACAAACAAUCUCGGCUUUUGUCAAGCAUUCCAUUAACGAGCGAACAGAUCUGAAGCCUGCAGUUAAAGAACGUAAAUGUAAAAGGGUGCUAAAAAUCGAGCACUUUGAAUAUAUCGAUAAUGAAAUGGCUAAAAACGACAAACUAUGUGCCGUAGGUAAGAACACUUUGUUGUUUUGUUGAUUGCCAAUAUAGUAUACCGUGUCAUAUGGAAUACAAAGACUACAAAGUGAUAUAAAUAAUUCUAGAUGCAUGGUGUUGUUUAGCAUUAAUAAUACUAUGUUAGAUAUAGCUAUGAUGUCAGGUUAUUCUAUGACUAUAAUCUAGCCGUGUCAUGUAAAUCAGUAUGACCUGGUUACUGCCAGAUUAUGCAUUCUGUAAACUAGGCAGGAUCAAAAGGGGGCCGAAGUAUUGUCAGUUGGUGAAAGAAAAAGACAAGGACAAGGAAAAAGUAGAAGUGCCAGACGCCGGCAAAAAAAUAAAUUGA